CACAAAUCCCGUCACUCCGAGAGGAAACCAGGAGACUAGUAACGUUACUCAAAAUGAUCUGGAUUUAACCACUUUGCCAAACUAUUUUUUGGUGUAUCAGAAACGUAUCCCUGUUUCUUCUACACGUUACACGUCGGAAAACAAGACCAUCAUUUCACUCUUGAAAAGCUUUGGUGAAAUCAAAAGGACUACCCACUCCUGUCGGAGCUACCACUAUUGGACACAUGUCAUUGGCACCCUUGGAUUUCAGAUAACAAGAUGUCCAGUCAAAAUGACUGAGGACUUAUGAGUUUAUUGAACACAAAAAUAUCCAAGUUGUUGAAAUAUGCAGACCAUCAAAAGAGAGCCACUCACUAAUGGCUCUUACAGUGGAGAGGAUGUCCUUGUCCGAGCCCUUCAAGGCACAGACAGAGAUCUGAUUGGCCACAAGCCUUCAGCGAUACCCUUCAAGGCCAAAGGUACCUCGUGCCGUAGGAAACGGGAGUUCAUCCCUGACGAGAAGAAGGACAACCUCUACUGGGAGAGGCGGCGUAAGAACAAUGAGGCAGCAAAGCGCUCGCGUGAGAAACGGCGCCUUAACGACAUGGUGCUGGAGAACAAGUUGAUGGCACUGGGUGAGGAGAAUGCGUCCCUCAAAGGAGAGCUGCUGGCACUGAAGCUGAAGUUCGGCCUGGUGAGUUCUGCGGCCUACACCCAAGAAGUGCAGAAGAUCUCAAUGUCCACGGCCGCCCUCUACCACGACUUUGUCUCGCCGGGCGAAAUCCGAGGCUCUUAUGCUCGGGACCUAGAACCUCCUGCUCUGGGGAGCAGCUGCAUAUCCGUCAUCAAGCACUCCCCUCACAGCUCACUGUCCGAGAUGUCCGAGGUGUCCGCAGCGGCCCAGAGUGGCACGCGCGCCUCCUCUGAGAUUGUCAAGCAGGAGCCGGCAGAGAACGGCGGUUACGCGCGCGAGCGGAGCAGUCCUUACGAACUGUACCGGAACUACGUGGCCAGCCCCUUCCUCGGGGUCUACUCCCAACCCUCCCCGUUUCUGCCCCUCACCAGGUCGUCCAGCAACUCGCCUAGGACCUCGGACGACGGGGUCGUGGGCAAGUCCUCGGAUGGCGAGGACGAGCAGCAGGUCCCCAAAGGCCCGAUGCCGCACGCCGCCGACCCAAAGAGCGUCAUUGUCUCCCGCCUCAAAGUGCCCGACGCUUCUUCCUCGGCUCUGCCCCACAAACUGCGCAUCAAGGCCAGAGCCGUUCAGAUCAAAGUGGAGGCCGUUGACCCAGACUACGACUCAUCCGGGAAAUCAUCCUCUCCCGUCGACAUCUCGGCCAGAGAGUACUACCAGAUGGGCCCGGGCACUGUGGCGGAGUACAUGCAGUCAUCCCUCAGCCCCCUGUCACUCCAGGUGACCAACAUCCAGGACUGGAGCCACCGGCCGGAGCGCUGGCACAAAGACAGCACUGAGGGGCCCCAAAAUGGCUGCCAGCACAGGCUCUCCCCGGGCCCGCUUUCCCAAAAAGUACUUGUGGACCACGGAGAUGGCUCGCACGCCCACUUAGACUCUGAGAGCUUGUGCUUAAAACGGGGCAUAGCUGAUCUGUCUACAGAAGUGCUCUCUCUGAAAAGACUGAUAACGACACGGCAAGGCUCCGUGAUAGAAUCAACUAGAAGCACUACUGAUCACAAUUCACUAUUGACAGGAUGUUACGCAAAAUGAGUUCCGUUUUGCUUAGCACUAUGUUUUCACUGUGUUUAAUAAUGCACUGUGCGGCUGAAAUGGUGUAAAGAUGCAGUUCAUUUCAGAUGAAUGGCGUGUUGUGCACUUGCUGUUGUAGUUCGUCGUAUCAUCUCGAUGACUCCACCUGUAACCCAGAGACCUGAGGCUGCUGUACAUGCAAAUCUAAUGUAAACUUUUUAACGUUUCGUUGUAAAUGGUGUAUUUUUGUUUACAAUAAAUGUGUAAGCACUGAACCUUGUG